AAUUUGAAGCUUUUUUUAAAUGUGUCGCAGCAACUCCACGUGUAACCUCAUUUCAUGAUUCAUUCGGUCCCGGUUGAAGCAGUUGAUACUUGGUGAGAGCUUCUCUCGUAAAGACACAACAUUCUCCCUUUGGCCGUUGGCACAGUUGUAUCGAUCAAAUUGGUAUACACAUCCCUGCAUUUUCUACCAAACAAUCAACAUGAAGUACUUUGCCCUUUUGACCUUCGUUGCGGUGCAAACGGUGCUGCUCGAUGCAUUCGCGCCCACUGCGAACACACGACAAAUGAGUCGAUCAACGGCGUUUCCCACGGCAUCCUCGGUUUCUCGGGAUUCUUCCUCGUCUCAAUUGAUGAUGUCUGCUGGAGGUGUUGUGAUCACUGGGGCCGCUGGAGGAGUUGGAUUUGCUUAUGCUGGGGAGUUCAUGGAUCGAGGAUACGACGUUGUCAUUUGCGAUGUCAAGGAUUGCUCUGCUGCUGCCAACGCCUUGACAAGCAGUCAUCCCAAUGGAAACGUCUUCCACACCAAAUGCGACGUCUCAGACUCCAAGGCGGUUGAAAGUCUUGGAAACUUCGCCAAAGAAAAUCUUGGAACCAUCAACUACUGGAUCAACAACGCUGGAGUCAAUGGAGGACGAAGAGCACUUCGAGAGGUCCCUGUCAGCCAAGUGGAGCUGGUAGUAAAGGUCAAUCUGCUUGGAAUUUUGCUGUGUACCAAAGUCGCUAUGGAUAUCAUGGCAGAUCAGGCCGGAGUAACUGGCCAUAUUUUCAAUACAGUUGGAAGCGGAGUCAAAGGUGGCGGCACUCCUGGAUAUGCUUGCUACGGUGCCACCAAGCGUGGACUGCCACAGCUGACCGCGUCUCUAGUUGACGAGCUAGACAAGGGAGUACAGGGCUAUGAUAAGGUGGAGACUGCGGGAACAAUCCAGGUUCACAGUCUGAGUCCAGGCAUGGUUUUCACGGCCCUUCUUCUAGAGGACUCUACUCCUGAGCUGCGUAAAUUCCCCUUUGGAGUCCUGGCUGCUCAACCAGAGGAGGUUGCUGCUGUCUUGGUUCCCAAAAUUCUGGCCACAACAAGUAAUGGCGGCAGCGUAGAAUUCCUGACAACUGAUAGAAUCUUGAACAAGUUCUUUGAACGGUUCAUCAUGGGAAAGAAGAGCGAGUACAUUGACGAUGAUGGCAACGUCAUCAAGAUGCCUGGUGCUGAGUACGACGAGACAGGAGUUCGAGCCCUUUAUUAGAUCAACACGCUGCCCCUAGCUAGUAACAUUCGCUAUUAAAACAAGCGCGUUACACUCUUGC